AUGGGGUCUGUGAGAUGGAAAACACAUCAGCAAUGGCUGAUUAUACUCUGGAUUUUAUCGUUUUCAGGUGUGUUUGGCUUCAGUGAGUUGUGGUUCUCCGUCGAGCCUCAGGAUGCGAGUGUAUCUGCGGGUCAGCAUGUUGUUCUGGACUGUCAGGCUGGCGGCGAGUCUCCCGUAAGCGUACGCUGGCGGAAAAACGGCGUCCAGAUCCACGAGAGCGAGUUUGUGCGUGUGCUGUCCAACGGCUCGCUGUGUGUGUCCAAUUUGACCCAGCAGAGAGAUGAGGGUUUCUACCAAUGCGUCGCUAACAACCAAUAUGGAGCCAUCAUCAGCCACAGAGCCCGGCUUACAAUCACAGGAGUGUUGGUGUUUUCUGCUCAGCCCGUCCGACUGGAGCUCCGGCUUGGCUCUGUGGCCAGAUUCUCCUGCGCUGUUGAAAGGUCUCCAGCGGAUAUCAGCUGGGAAAUAAACCAAAGAUCUCUACCUCAGGAUUCAGACAGAAUCACUGUUUUGCCAAAUGGAGUCCUGCAGAUUCGCAAUGUGACAAUGAGGGAUGCUGGGAAAUAUCGCUGCGUCGCUGCAAACGCAGUCAGUCGAGUGACGAGUCGAGAGGCCGAGCUGAUCCUCAUCCCUGCGGGGGGUCCGAGGCAUCUCCUGAAGCCACUCAUCAUUGCGGGCCCUCAGAACAUCAGCACGGCUCUGCAUCGGCCGGUGGUUCUGGAAUGUUUGGCUGAAGGAAACCCUCGGCCGCUCGUGUCCUGGAGCCGUGCAGACUCGAAGCCCAUAGAUGUUUCUGCAGCAAGAGUUCUGGGAAACGGGAACCUGAUGAUCUCUGCUGUUAAAGCGCACCAUAGCGGGACGUAUGUGUGCCGCGCUACGACACCGGGAACACGAAACUACACCACAGCGGCCGGAAACCUCACCGUACUCCUUCCUCCUUCUUUGGUGGAGAAACCAGAGAGUCAGACUCGACCCCGAGCCGGGACGGCCCGUUUCAGCUGUCAGGCUGAAGGUACACCAGUGCCCCAAAUCACCUGGUUUAAGAACGGAGAGGUGAUCCGAUCCAACGGGCGCACAAAGAUGUACAACAAUAAACUCGUGAUAACCCAGAUCAUUCCAGAGGACGACGCCUUUUACCAGUGCCUGGCUGAAAACUCACAGGGCUCAGUUGUGUCCACAUCCCGUCUCAUCGUGGUACAGUCAGAGAACCGUCCCAGUGCUCCACGUAACAUCCAUGCGGAAACCAUCUCAAGCUCAGCCAUCUUACUGGCGUGGGAAAGACCACAAUACAACGCAAAUAAAGUCAUCGCCUACUCCAUACACUACAUGAAGUCUGAGGGUCUAAACAAUGAAGAGUAUCAGGCUGUGAUCGGGAAUGACACAACCAGCCACAUUGUGGACGAUCUGGAGCCAGCGCGAAACUACACGUUUUAUAUCGUGGCCUACAUGGCGAUGGGUGCCAGUCGCAUGUCGGAGCAGGUCACAAGGCACACACUAGAGGAUGUUCCCCUCCGCACCCCUGAGUUGAGCCUUACGAGUCGCAGCCCUACGGAUAUCCUGGUGUCCUGGCAGCCUCUUCCUCCAAAACUCAGCCGUGGACGUGUGUCUGCGUAUCGUCUGUCUUACCGUACAGCUACAGAUGAGCAGGUAAACUCAAUUGAGCUGCCUGUCUCGAGUGAGAACGGCACCCAGUACCUCCUGCAAGAUCUGCAACCUGAUACCAUUUAUCUGAUCCGGAUGUCUGUGUCAACCCGAGUUGGCUGGAGCCAACCAUCCGCCUGGAGCUCCCAUCGAACUCCCAAAACAUCCAGCGCCACAGUGCCUCCUGCCCCAAACCUUGAGCUUGAACCUCUGAACUGCACCUCUGUGUCGGUCCGCUGGUUUCCGGCUCCCAGUGAUGUUCUCAUUCAAGGAUUCAAGCUGUCUUUUCAUCCCGACGGCCAAUCAGAGGACUCGGUUACCCAGCUGCCCCCACAAGACCACCAGCACACCAUCACAGCGCUCAGCCCCAGAGUGAAGUACCAUGUGAAAGUGUUAGCGUUCAGUGCUAAUGGAGACGGAUAUCAGGCCCAUCAAACAGUCAACACUCCCGGAUGUCCAUCUACACCGAACCGCCGUUUAGCCGCUCUGCCGCCUCCAGACCACACCCAUGCUAAAGCUAACAGCUCGUCUGCGGUGCGUCUGAGCUGGGGUCGUCCUGCCUUCAGCUCUGGAAAACCUGUCAGUUUCUCUGUCCGUUAUGGGCCAGCCAGUCCGUCUGAAGCCUCCAGUGUACGCUACAUCCAGACCUCUGAGCAAACCCUGAUGGUAACAGGUCUCCAGCCAAACACACGCUACGAGUUUGCUGUUCGUCUGCAUAUGGAUCAGAUGUCCAGUCCUUGGAGCGCCACUGUAUAUCAGAGAACUCUACUGGAAGCCCCGAUGUCUCCGCCGGAGUCUGUAAAAGUGACUCUGAUCGAGGCCGACACGGCACUGGUGUGCUGGAAGCCGCCGAAUCAGCCAAAUCUCUCUGUGACACACUACACCGUCCUGUACGCAUCUCAGAGCUCGUGGCUCGCUGGAGAAUGGCAGGUCCUGCAGAGAGAAGGUACAAAUACAAUGGCCCUCCUGGAGAAGCUGGAGUCAGGUAAUGUCUACCUGGUGAAGAUCUCUGCAUCUAACCUGGCCGGUGAUGGUCCGUUCUCCAACACAGUGGAGCUGACGGUCAAGGGUAAAACUCAGCAUGGUAAAAACCCUCGUCAUGCUGACAGCCAUGCUGAGAAAACAGCGUUUAUAGAUGGUUUGUAUCACAUCGAUGAGAAGUCGAUGAGCGGUAUUAUCGUUGGCGUUUGCAUUGCUCUGUCCUGCAUCAUCCUCUGCAUCUUCAUCCUCCUCUCCAAAACUCAAACACAGAAAUCGGCUUCCUCAAAGAUGAUUAGUCCAAUGAGAAAUGAGGUCACGCAUAAUGAGGCCCCGUCAGCCCAUCAGCAACAUGCAGAGAAUGCAGAGGUGCUGCUGCCAAUGAUGAGGAAUCACUUUAUUGAUGCCAAAGGAGGAUCAAAUUUGCUAAUAAACCACGCUGGACCCAUCAAUUGUGGUUCUCAGACCAAACGGAAGAGGUGGAGCAUCUUCAGUCAUUCCCAGAAGUGUAAUGAAAGUAAAAAUACGACUGAGGAUCCUGCAUGUCUGUACGAAGUGGGGAAAACGGUUCUGUGUUACGAGGACGAGGCGGCGCUGCAGAUCCUCUAUCGGCCACUGGGGGAGUCGGAGAGCUCGCAAACCAGCAGCGGAGACUCUGGAAACUACUCUCAGGACGAGACGGAGACCAGCAGCUCAAAUAAAGCCAGACACCGACCGGAUGAUGAAACGGAUGAAACCGCAUCAUCUGUGUGCGUCGUUACCGUAUUAGAUGAAGCGCAAAACAAAUCUACCUCCGACCUUCAGUUUGUGCAGAUUCCCAUUUAA